CAACAUUGUACACAUAGGGCUCGCUUAGUGAUAUAUAUUACUGUCUUUAAGUUUGAGAACUAGCGGUUGGCUAACUUUCCUUGACUGAAACAAGUAGUGUGAUUGAGCAGUCCAACCGUUUUAUCCAUUCCGAAUGUUUUAGGAGAGUGGUUAUAAAGUUAUGUCUGACUGUAGAUAAUCUAUUUACCAGAGGGGCUAGAAGAUGAUGCGAAAGAAGAGACGUUCCUCUGUGGACAUAAGCAAAGAUGCAAUGCCAACAGAAAUGUCAAUGUCCAAAAAGAGUAGGACCACUGGGCGUCAGGCCAAGGCCGUGGCGAAGGAGGACACCAGUAAUGACUCCGUCUUUGGCCAAUUUAUUCGCCAGUCUGGUGUAAUCUUAAAACAGGGCAGUACAGCCAAUGAGAUUGCUGUGGACCAAGUGGUUUUUCAAAAGAGACUGCAGCAACAACUGAAAAAGAGUCCCAGAUACCCUGGUGUUUUGCAGGAGUUUAUCACGGGACUAGAGUCUCACAUUGAGGAUCCUGAGAGGUUCAGGAACUGUCUUCUUCCCUGUGUACCUUGCCUGGCCGAUGGGGACUCCAGUUCAUUUCAGGAGAGCCUGCUGCGCAUGCUACUGGGGAUUGAGAUGCUGCAGACUUUGGUCAUUAACACUUUGUUUGAGAAGCUUCCUGAGUUCAUGUUUGAUGGUGCUGGAGAGGAUGGACUCAAUAUCCCGCAUGUUAUUGUCAACCAGCUGAAGUGGUUAGACCGAGUCAAAGAUAGCAAGGAGUUAGCGGGUAAGCUCAUGCAGCUGGUUUCUGUGGCUCCGGUGGAGAUUCAACGGGACAUCAUCACCAGUCUGCCAGAGAUCCUAGAGGACUCCCAACACAGUGACAUCGCCAGGGAACUCAACGUCUUACUUCAGGAAAACACUCAGCUGACUGUGCCCAUCCUGGAUGCCCUUUCUAGCUUAAAUCUGAGCUCCACACUGCUAACUGAGGUGCGUGCGUCGGUCAUGGCCACGCUAUCUGCUGUCCAACUGGAGGACCUGCCAGUUGUGGUCAAGUUCAUCCUGCACUCCAUAUCCUCUUCAGAUGCCCUUGAGGUGGUGUGUGAGCUGCGUGGGAAGCUGGAGCUGGAGCUGUGUGUUCUCCCUCCAGUGCUUCAGGCUUCUCAGAGCCGUGUGAAGAACAAGGGCCUGACAGGGUCGACCGAUACCUCUGCGCCCAGCAGCAGUCAGGACAGUGUUGCCCUGGUUCUGGACAGCAUCAAAUCUGCAGUGCGCUUCCAGAAGACCAUCUCUGAAGCCUGGCUCAAGGCCAUAGAGAAUGCCGACGCCGCGGAGGGUCACAAGGCCGUUGACCUGCUGGUGCUGUUCAUCCUACACUCCACCAAUGCCAACCACAGUCGACGUGGGGCGGAGAAGGUCCUGAAGGUCAAAGUGAGAGCCGGACAGAUCCAGGAGGCUCUACUACAGAGGACCUUCAGGGGCCACUCACAGGUGAUGAGAGGUUACUUCCCCUCCAUCCUGGCCCUGGCCCAGACCCUGCUGCGCUGCCCUGACCCCUGCAUGGUGGCAUUUGGUGGACACAUGUACCGACACUCAUUCACUGCCUUCGACUCCUACUGCCAGCAGGAGGUGGUGGGAUCCCUGGUGACUCAUGUGUGUAGCGGAGUGGGCGGGGAGGUGGAUGUGGCUCUGGAGCUGCUCUGUGGCCUGGUGACGGAGAAACCCGCUGAGAUGGCGCUCUACGCCGUCUUCGUCAAGGGUGUCCUGGACUAUAUGGACAACCUGACGCCCCAGCAGAUCCGCAGACUCUUCCACCUGCUUAGCAGCAUGGCCUUCAGACAGCAUCACCCGGCCUCACACAUCCAGGAUGACAUGCACAUAGUGAUCCGUAAGCAGCUGUCCAGCACCGUGCUCAAGUACAAACGCAUUGGCAUCAUUGGAGCUGUCAGGGUGGUUGGAAGCAUGGGGGCGUACAGGCCUGUAGGUGGGGAUCCCCAAGGUGGCAAUUUGCCUAAGGAGACAUACAGACAGGUGACGGCCUUGCUGGAGCUGGUGCGGUCAUGUAGUGACAGCUCUUCUGAGGCGGCUGCUCUCUACUAUGAUGAGUUAUCCAACCUGGUGCUCACCUGCACUCUGGACCCUCUGGUGCAGGCCUGGAUAGGGAAGAGUGUGCUGGAAGACUUCCAGGAGGACUUUGUGGUGGAUGUGGGACCAGAGAUUACUGGCUCCUUUCCCUUCCCAGUAUGUGCCAUGUACAACCUGGAUGAGGAGGACAGUCAGGUGGGGAUUGCUAUCAACCUGCUGCCGCUCCUGUCUGACGACCUUGAACACAAGGGGGCGCAGUGGAGUCAGACUGUGAACAACAAGACCCAGAGGCGCGUGUCUCCUCUGUGCCUGGCCCCGUUCUUCAGACUGCUCAGGCUGUGUGAGGUGCAGCAGCGCCAUGGAGACCUGGAGGAGAUAGAUGCUCUGCUAGGCUGCCCUCUGAUCCUGACUGACAUGGAUGUGGUGAAUAAGUCAGAGAGCCUAUCCAGGCCUGAGAGAGAGUUCCUUUGUGGUCUGCUCUUUUAUACCAUCAACUGGUUUAGAGAGGUUGUGAAUGCAUUCUGCGGUCAGAAAGACCCUGAGAUGAAGAUGAAAGUGGUCACUCGUCUUCAGAACAUCACCUACCUCCAGAGUAUAUUGGAGCAGAUUUUAGCAGCUACCCCAGGCUAUUCCCCUCCUCUAGCCAACUUCGAUGGGGAAAGUACAGAGGGAACUGCCUUGUCUACUUCCACUGUUGCUCCAAAGAAGGGAAAGAAAGAGAGUGCUGGUAAGAAAAAGAAAACCCCUCCUAAGAACUCCUCAGCAGACAGCUCUCAGCUAGAGGAGUUGCCUGAGGCAGAGGACACCCAGCAGGACCACCCAGAGAAAGACAAGGAGACCAGCAAGCCAGCGGUCAGUCUUGUGUCCUACCGGCCCUUCUUCAGGGAGCUGGACAUGGAGGUGCUCGGUGUACUGCAGUGUGGCUUGCUCUCCCGCUCUGUGCUGGACAGUGAGCUCCACAGCAAGGUGCGGGAGGAGGUGCAGCUGGGCCCAGCCGAGUUAGUCUUCUUGCUGGAGGAUAUGUGGCGCAAACUGGAGUUCAAACUGACCGUUUCCCCUGCCAAGAGAGCCCCUUUCCUUAAGGGAAAGACAGACAAGAGCGUGGGUUUCUCCCAUCUUCAGCAGACCAGCCCUGUGGACCUUGCCUCGCGCUGUGUCCUGCUGUUGCCCACCCUCUGCACCCACCUGGAGAACUGCCACAACCACUUCCAGACACUGCUGUCUGAGAACCAGGGCGUUGUGGACGCCCCGGGCCUGGAUGUGAAGGAGCAUCAGCUACUGUCCUCAGCCUACCAGCUCCUCCUGCAGGUCCUGCACACCAUCUUCAGCUGGUCUGGUUUCUCCCAGCCGGAGCACCGUGGCCUGCUGAAGAAAGCCCUGGGAGUUCUGGCUGGCCGUCUAAAGGAAGAAGGGGCUGAACUGACCCUGGAACAGCUCAUUAGGCACAGCUUCGAGUAUCUACUGAACUUCCGCAGCACCGUGCCCAGCCUCGGCAUAGCCCUGGGUCUAUCCCAGCUCCUCAUCACCGUGGCUGGGAGAGGAGGCCACCACGCUACAUACAGGGAGCAGACUGCCACGCUUGCCCGGGCGUUUCUGUGCCAGGAGUGGGUGACCACCAGCGGAGACCGAGAGAAAGGACCCAAACACAACGAGACUCUCCAGACCCUCCUCAGUAUUUACCUGGAGCACACCGAUGAUGUUCUGAAAGCAGUGGAGGAGAUCGCUGGAGAGGGCAUUCCUGAGCUUCUCAACGCAGCCAAAGACGCCAGCUCUAGAACGUGGCCCACUCUUAACAGGCUGACUUUCCUGGUGUUCUAUAAGGGGAUGAUGGGAGAGCUGGAGAAGGCAGUGAGGAAGAUACCCCCUGGCAGACACAGUGACAGCACUGAGGUGAAGAGUGAGAAGCUGCUGACAUGGAACAUGGCAGUCAGAGACUUCCACAUCCUUGUCAACCUGGUUAAGGUGUUUGACAACAGAUCCGUGCUCAAUGUGUGCUUGAAGUAUGGACGUCUUUUCUUGGAGUCUUUCCUGAAGCUGGGGAUGCCACUGCUGGAUUUUAGUUUUAAAAAGCACAAGGAGGAUGUUCAGAGCCUCCUGAAGACCUUCCAGCUUAGCACGAGGCAGCUCCACCACUUGUGUGGACACUCUAAGAUUCGCCAGGACACCACCCUGACAAACCACGUGCCAGCUCUGAAGAAGAGCCUGGAGCAGUUUGUGUACAGAGUAAAGGCAAUGCUCACCCUGAACCACUGUCAGGAGGCCUUCUGGUUGGGCAACCUCAAAAACAGAGACCUCAAGGGUCAGGAAAUCCUGUCUCAGCAAUCACAGGGGAGUGAUGAUGAAGAAGAGGAAGGCUCCCUGAUGCCUGAUGAGCAUUCAGAGGAUGAGGAGAGUGAUUCUGAUGGGAGGAGAAAUGGCAACAGGAAGGAAGAGGGCGAAGAUGAUGAAAACACAGAUGACUCUACUGAUUAGGACCCCCAGAGGGAAUACUGUUGACUCUUUGACAUUUUGACCUUUUGGUGACAGUCUUUGCUGGCUCCAAUGGGAAUAGGUCUGGGACUCCUGGUGCCUUGCUCAAUCGAGAGAAUGUACAAGGAUUUUUGGGGAAAGAUGGGUCACUGUUAGUGAAUUUAAAAAGCUCUGCAGACUAUUGAACUGUUUCGAACACUAACUGAGACCGGAAAUCUGAUGUUGCGUAAUGAUUUUGUGUGCAGAAAAGUUUGAUGUGUCUUGAAGAUAUAUUACAAUAUAUUAAUGUUUUUGUUAUUAAAAUAUACUGGACACAUUGUUUCUUUAAAUUCGAUAUAAAUAAUGAGUUGUGUUUUUUAUCAGGUUUUUGUCAAUGCAAAAAAAAUAAGACCACUGCACCUUUUUCUUUCCUUUCCAAAAAGACUCAAAAGGAAAUUUUAGAGUCAGAAACAAGCAUUCAAUUUGCAGUGGUCUCUUAAUUUUUUCCUGGAGGGGUGUGUGUAGUGUGUAGUUAAGCUUCCCAGAUCAGUACCAUCAAAGAAAUAAUAGCCAGAGGCCUAAGACUUUCGCCCAGCAGUUACCUAUCUCCUUUUUCUGUUAGGUUUUUUCUUAUUAUUAGGAACUAAGAUCUCUCUUCUGUAGACUAAUGGGAAGAGACUCAGAGAACAGACAUAGUGCCAGUGUUUUGGGCUCUAGCGGGCAUUCUUAAUAAAAACGGGAAGAAACAAUGAAAUUGAAAACAACAAAAAGGGAGGGAACAGCAUCCCUCUCUUCUCACUUCCAUUCUCUGCUUUUUGGAGCUAUUUUCCUGGGGGCCUUUUUAGAACCCCCUGAUGAGUCCUCAUUGGGGACUGGUGUGCCUUGUCAAUGGGCGGCAGCCAAACUGCGUUCCAGGGGCCUGGCCUUGUGGUUCUCCCUGGGGCGUUGGCCGGACGCUGAUAUGGAGGGAGUACUUUAUUGCCACAAUACGUUUAUAUGUGAAUGUUGGACAAUACUGUGUCUUGAACACAGCCUUAAUGAGAGGAACAUAAAACACCCACUGUUAGGUUUGUACCGUUUGGCACAUUCUUGUUUUGCAACUAACAAUAAUUUCUGCUGUUGAACAAAUUGAAGUUUCCAAGUCUUGUUAGUCACAUAACCCUUACUGACACGCAACAGAGGCAGUUGUUUUGAAAGUGCAUUGCAGAUCAGAAUGCAAGUCAGAAAGGGAGGGUAAAUGUAGGUAUGUCCUAAGCCAUUUCAUUAUGUUUCGUUCUUCCGGUUGAAUAGAUCCAUUACAAAAAAGGUUUUGUUAUUUUGGCUGUUUACCAA